AUGAGCAGUUCCGAGUCGUCCUUUGCGCCCGACGAAAUUUCCGAGUCCGGCUCCGACUUUAGUGUCGAUGAACAGCCGCAGCAGCCGCGUAGUCGGCGCUCUUCUUCACGAAUCGAGGUGGUGGAUAGCUCAUCAGAUGAAGAUAACAAGGAUGGCAUUUUGACCUACCCAGACCUGGACUCCGACUUGGAGCCAAACCCAGACACGAACGUCCGCGACAACCAAUUCGAAACACUUCAUGGUCACCUUCAGCGUGUGUCGCCAAAGAUUCUCGAGACUUACGCUUCACUCGUGACGGAAAUCGAAAACGAUAUCAAUUCUUCGACGGUCAAAGAGGAUGAGGAGAUUCACAACGUCCACCAACAUGGAGCGGUGAUCUGGACUGCAACGGAAAAAGAAAUUCUAUACAAUGUGCUCGAUAGGAAGGGCAAGAAUGGCAUUAAAGAGAUUGCCGCUGCGAUUGGGACCAAGUCAGAACUCGAAGUGAUGGACCAUCUACGACUACUCCAUCGCGGUCUAGAAAGCCAGCAUCUCGUCGAGCGACAUGUCAAGACCAUCAUCAUGGGAGACAUUCCCGCCGCCGCCGAGAUCAGUGAGAAAUGCUGCGCCGAGCUCGACGAGUAUGCUCGUGGUCUGAGAGCAAAAGACGAGCUCGCCACUGUACUGGCAGCGCGGAUGCGUUUUGGGGAUAAUUGGAAUGUCACUAGUACCCAGGCGAAACAAUUGCUCGCAGCUGAACUGGAUGUCCCCAUGCGCGGCGACAUUCACCUUCCUGCCAACCUAUUUAAUAUCCCAACCUGGAUUGAUCUUGAACAGCGGUUCUUUAUGAAUUUUGGCGGUUCACAAGAAGAAGAUAAUUGGGUGAAUAUCGCCCAGGCGAAACACGAAUACCCAUCUAUCAGCGGCGACGCGCUGAUGGACUUUUAUGCUUUGACCGUCAGCAUCACACGUCGCUUGAUACAGUCGAUUCAAUUCGUGGCGAUGAGUCGAAUACGCAGUCAGCGCCUUCACGGCCGUGAACGAGCCAAUGCGGUUCGCAGGAAGGACGUCAAGGCCGCCGUCAACAUUCUAAACAUGAAACCCAAGCAAACAAACUUCCUGCUCAAGCUCGCCCGCCGGAACGGAUUGGUUAUCAAGGAUGAACUCAAAAGAAAGGGCUGGAAGGCCCCAACGAUCGACUACGAUGAGGCCGAGAAGAUUCUCAACGGAGAAACCGAUUACUUUGAACGCGCUAGGGACGCAACCCAUGCCAUCGCAGCACACCAUGAUAAAGCAGAGGAAGCGCUGAAAGAAGAUGGAGUCGACACGGAUGAUUCUGACGAGGAAGACUCACACCGACCUUCCCGCAUGGCAUCCCGACAACCAACCGAACUCUCCUCUCCGAAUCUCUCAUCAGACGAAGACGAAACCUCCCUCGACUCGGAAGAAGAGCACGCCGACACCCUCGACCGGGAACACAGUCGUCGCGAAGAACUCGCUCUCUGGCAUAUCCUCGAAAAACCCGCACCCCCUCGCCUCGAAACACCGAUUACAACGGAACAAGACGAUAAAGAUGUCUCGCGCAGACCCACCGCGGAGCGCAAAGCCCCUCAGGACAUGGUCCAAUGGCGAGACCGUACCCUCUACCGCAGUGAAUGGGAGGAAUACGGGUAUGAGGUCGGUGAUGUAGCGGAGGCUCUCGUUGAGAAUCGGCGGAAAAGGCGCCGCGUUGAGGAGCCUCUUUCUGCGUCCGUGGUACACAGUGAAGAUGAUGAUGAUGAUAAGGGUGAUGAGGGUGAUUUGCCACAGCUUGGGGCUGAGGAACACACGCGUGUUGAGCCCCCGAGAUAUGGUUCAGCCGGUUGGGAUGCGUUUUUGCAUUCGUUUUUGACGCCAGGUCAAGCUCAGCCUGCGGAGCAGCCUGCCAGGAGUAAUAAGAACACCAAGAGUCGUCGGCGAUAG